AUGGAGUACAUUGGUGAGACGCACCAAGCUCUUGAGCAAGAACUCGACUACCAAACCUACCUUGAGGAUGAACUGAAAAAAUGCGUUUCAAGGGGUCUCUACCCCCAACAGGAUGCAAGUAAUCUCCAGACCCUCAUUAAUAUCAAUCGGGAACACUUAGAGUUCCUCUCCCCUAUCACCAGUCUUGAGCAUAUGUUUUCCGAAAUGGCUCAAAAAGUUUCGGAUCGCGCAGUCGAUCUCGUCAACGCACAAGGCAGCCCAGAAUUUUGGGAUCGCAAUCUGAGUAAGAACACUAGGGCUUGUUGGAAAACGGUUCAGCGGCUCUCCAAUGUCAGUCGAGUUCACAUUUCGAAUGCAUCUGAAUACCAGCUGUUCUACUACAACUGUGAUCACUUCCUCAAAUCUCUUCAAAAGAGAGCCAAAGCAAACUACGAUCGCUACAAGGACAUCGAUGUUGAGUACCCGUCUAUUACCACUACUCGCCUAAACUCUUACAUAACCGAAGGACUUUUCAAGUUUCAAUCCUUGGCCUCAGAAGUGUUACGAAUCCUGGAUAAAGCACGGCGUGUAAAUCCAGUGUACCUUCGUGUACGAGGACUUAAUCGUCCCGUCUCGGGUAUAAUGCUCUGCGACUACUCUACCAAGAACUUCGGUCUGCGUGCCGGUCAGCAUGUCUACGUACUGGACAACGCCUAUGCAACACCCUUGACUACCAGCUCAGAGACAACAGACACUUCAGAAGCUUCGGAAUGCAGCACCUGUUUACCCCACUGCAGCCUUCACCGUCGUCCAGGCUGUGCGAUUUGUGGAUUGCCGCUGUCCACCUCUACAGAGACUACAAGCCAGACAGAUGUGGAGGACGUGGAGUCGGGAUCGGUGACGGAGGAGGAAAUGAAUGGAAGGCGCAGAAGGAAUGCGAGUGAAUCCUCCACCACCACUGGAAGUACCAGCGGUCCCAGUGAUGUGUCUAUUAGUGCCACCCCGCCUGGAUGCAGCCACACUCUUUGUAGUCAACGCGAACCCGUGAUGUGGAAGGUCCGCACCAUGGAUGGCAGCUUGACUGUCGAUGUGCCUGCCGUCACGGUGAUGGUUAAUGAGCAUGAUGAGGAGGCUAUCAACCAUGCAUAUGAGAUCUACGAUUUCUUCACCAAUAUGUGGAGAGAAGCUAUCGAUAUCUGGCUAACGAAGGGCGUGAAAGCUCUCUCUGCCUACUUCUCAAGCCUCAUUGAUGCUAAGUACAUCCGGCUGGAAAACGAGAGAGUUUUCGAGCAAUUUUUGGAGGAAGUUGAAAGAGCUUUUCCGUGUGAGGAUCCAGAGAGUGGAACAGCCAACAAAUUCCUCAACGAACUGAUAACCACUUUGAGGGAGAAAAUAAGCCGUCAAGAUCCUCGCGAAGAAACCUCCGAAUACUUGUACGUGAAGAUCACGGAGGUAGCGUCGUACCGAAAAACAGUUCAAAAGUUGAGAGAUCAUGUCAACCAGAUCAAGCGCUUCAUGAAGGACGUUGAGGAAAACACCAGCCGAGACAUUCUCGAUGCAUCAACCAUGAAAUCCAUAGGGGACCUAAAAUACGUUUACGAAGAGUCUGUUGAAGAACAUAGGAAGUUGGAAAAGAUGAUCCGUCAGGUGAAUACCCUCCGAACUCAACAGCGCUCCCCGAGGGUUCCAAUCCACAAAGUACACACCAUCUUCGGCGAAUAUUACUCAUCAUCGGAGGAGCUUUCGGGCGAAUCGGAGACGAGUGGUUCGCAGUACGACAUUGAGAGGAAUAAAGAUCUUUCGCCCCACGAAUUUCAGCUGUAUACCAGAGAUGCGGCUCAUCGGUCGACUGCACUAACCAAUAGGCCACGAUACGUCAGGCGACCGCAUCGAAAAGCCAUUAUUGUUGAUGUAGAUGACUUACUGACGGAAUCUAGUGAUGAGGGCGACACCGGUCAACCGCGGAAGAGGGGUAGGCUUCUCUACAAACCAACCCGCAAACGACCUGGUGAACAAAUCUCGGAGGCGAUUGAGGAGACUAAAGAUUCCGUGGUUAGUUCGAUGACAUUGAAUAGGAAGAUUAAUCUAGAAAAGGCGAUGCGGCGACGUGGAGAAGUUCCAAUGAUUUCUUCACCGGAUGGACGGUAUCGUAGUCGACGUCAUCUUCAAUUUACAUCUGGACCACAAAAAGGCGAUGUCUCGAUGGUCUACUUGCAAAUCACCGCAGCAAAAAGCACACAAGAUACCAUGAUUCCGACUGGCGAUAACCGACAAAGCAGAGGGAUUCAAAUAGACAUUGAGAAAAUCCCAAUAGACGCAAAAGACGUGCUAAUGGUAGAGCCAAGAGUUGCAUCAUGGCAGUCUGACGCGAAUGGAGAGAUGAAGUUGAAGCACGAUGUGUCACUAGAACCGUCUCAACAGGAACCAAGAGAGCGUCGACCAAUUUCAGAAAGAACAAUGGAAGCAAUUGUUUCAGGAACAACGAAAAGUGGAGAUUAUUACGAACGAGGCGUUCAAAUGACCAGUAAAGAUGAAUAUGAGGGAAUAAUAAAACCACCAAUGUUCAACUGUUCCACAACAUCAACACAGACAUCAAUUCGAAGGAGGGAAGGAGUUAAAACCACAGCCACGAUGACUGAAGUGCUGGUCGAACCCGUAGGACCCCAAAUCGUACACGCUGCUCCACCUACUCUGCAACAAGUACCAGCUUCGGAAAUCAUCACCACAGUGACCUCGGCUUCUGAGGAGCCUGCACAUCUAAUUGAAGUGAUUUCCAGUGGGCGGAGUGCUGAACUGCCGGAUUCAGGUAUCGUAGCUCCAUCGAGGGAGAGGGUUAGUACCGUUUCGCCAGCGGCUAAGUCUACGGCAAUUGCUGUCUCUACUGCACCUUCAGCUGAACUUGUAGAUGCGUGGACGGGAACAGAUGUCGUAGAGGAACCAGUCCCCAUUAUCCAACGGGAGACCGCGAUUAAAGUUCACUCAGCCCCACCGGUUGAGGCGACUCCUGUGCCUAUUACAGUAAGAUACGGGCUAAUACAGACACCAUAUCAUCUGCAUUACGAAGGCAGCUUUGUGGGCGAAGUUGAAAAACUUAAAGUUGAGGUCACGACCCACUUGACAACAGUAGGGAUGCCACUUCCUGAAAGAGUUGUCUUAUCAACUGCCAAAUCCCAGGUAACCUACAUUCCGGAAGUUAAAACACCUGGUUACGUUGAGGCGACAAAGGGCAUUGUUGACAGACCGAAAGAAUCAUUAAUCUCUUCAAGCGAGGUUGCUAGUCGUAAGACAGUGCUGUCUGGAACAAUGACGGAUAUCUUCAUUAAAUCUGACCAACCCGAUGUUUUGCAUUCAGCACCGCCGAUUGCACCACAGCUUCCUCAAACAGAGGUUUACACCGCAGUGACCUCAUUCAUUGAACAUCCUUCGCACCCGGCCAAAAUGGCUUCAAGUGCUUGGAGUCCGGAGCACAUAGAUGCUGGCAUUGCAGCAUCAGAGAAGAAGGUUACCAGCGCAGUGACCUCAGCGCCUGAGAAACCAGCAUCAAAGGUUUAUACACAGACCGUUGGCCCAAUGACCGAACGUGGACCUAAUAUUGUGAACAGAGGAAUGGAAACAAUCGUGUUUGAAGACGCAAUGCCUUUGAUUAAGAAAGAAAGUACCGUAGCUGUUCGCUCAGCUCCACCGAUUGAGACAACCCCAACGCCUGUAACAUUAAGAUACGGGUUAGUAAAGACACCAUUCCAAUUGCACUACGAAGGGAUUGUCACUGGUGAAGUGGAGCCAACAGUAGUGGAGACAUCCACCUCGAGGAUGGUAGGAUUGGAAACUAAGGUUGUACGAAUACCAGCGCCCGCUAAGGUUGUGCUAUCCUCGGCCGGAUCACAGAUAACAUAUAUUCCUGAACACCAUGUAACUGUGACUGAAGGAAAAUCACCUUCGAAGGUCGUGAUACGUACGGUGCAAGUGCAAGCCAUAGGAAAGUUAGAGACUUUUCUAUCGACAUCUUCCAAACCAGAAAUGCAUUCAGUGGAGAUACAGGCAGUGAUGGAUCUCGGUUACAUGGAGACAGCAACACAUGCCAUUGAAAGACCCAAAGAUUCGACCAUUUCAUCCGCUGAGCUUACUAAACCAGCAACCAUGUCAACUGCCACCAUGACAGAAGUCUUAAUCCAACCUAAACAAACCGUUGUUGAACGCUCAGCCCUACCCAUUCCUAGAACAGGUCUGGAACGAAGAGACUCGGGUACAGGAGCCCCAGCAAUAGACAUUAAUACAACCACAUCCUCGGUGUCUAAGGCUCCAGUGUCUAAAGUCUCAGUGCAGGCUAUUGGUAUCACUACCGAGCCUUUGGCAACGUUUGUGGACGCGUGGACAGAAACAGUUGUGAUAGAGGAAGCGAUGCCUGUUAUUAAACGGGAAAGCACCGUAAAGGUUCAGUCAGCACCACCGGUUGAAACGAAACCCAUCCAAUUAAAGGUAAAGUUCGGUUUGAUUCAGACUCCGUAUCAGCUGCGCUACGAAGGUAUCAUGACAGGUGAAGUUGAGAAGCCCAAAGUUAUGGACACAUCCGCCUUGACAAUAGCUGAAACGAAACCGAAGGUUGUAGAAAUGCCAUUACCUGAGAAGGUUGUACUAUCCUCGGCCAAGUCACAAACCAUCUACAUUCCAGAACACUACGUGGCUGUAGCCAAGGAGGUAACACCUUCAAAGCCAAUAAUGUGCAAUGCAGAAGCUCAGGCAAUCCAAACAGUUAAACACGUGGAAGUGGUAUCAACUGAACCGAUUAUACGUUCAGUUGAAAUUCAAGCCGUGAUGGUAACUGGUCAGGCGGAAACGGCCUCCAAGAUGAUGGACGUACCACAGGGCAUAACAGUAACUUCAAGUGAGCUUCCUCGUCCAAAACUCGUGUCAAAUGCAACAAUGACGGAAGUAAGGAUCGAAGCAGCAAUGCCGCCUGUGGAACAUACAUCUCCAUCUACUAAACCACGAAAACUGCUAACCAAGAGGACACAGGUGAUUGGUAUCACUACAGAACCCUUGGCUUCCUAUGUAGACGCAUGGACAGAGGCGAUGGUAAUCGACGAACCGACGCACUUGAUAAGAGAAGAAAGGACAGAAUCUGUGGUUCACACAGCCCCACCGGUUGAGGCAAAACCUGCGCCAAUUAAAGUGAAAUUCGGCCAGACACAAACACCAAUCCAAGAAAAAUAUGAGGUCACCAUUACAGCAGAAAUUGAAAAAACUAAAGUGGUAGACACGGCCGUAUUAACAAAGGAAGAGAUAAAAUACAAGGCCGAAAAAAUGCAAGUACCACCAAGGGUUGAAAUGUUAAUAGCAAAGACUCAGGUAGACUAUAUUCCUGAACAACGUGCAGUUAUAAAAGAAAAAGUGCCGAUGAUUGAGGUGAAAAAUAGAACGAUAGAAGUACAGGCUACCACAACAUCAGAUUCGUUGCUAUCAUUUCCCAAACGUCCGCUGAUGCAUUCGCUGGAAGUGCAGGCACUAAUAUCGCCUAGUCAAGCCGAAACGACAACUCACGUUACAGAGGUACCACAGAGUCUGAUUGUCACAUCGACUGCAAUUCCGCAUCGCAUUACUACGUCAACGGCGACCAUGACUGAGGCGAUGAUUGAGCCCGCAAAGCCUAUUGUAUUGCACUCUGUUCCACCCACUGCUACAGCAACACCGAAGUCGGAAGUGACGUCGAGUAUCCUGAGACCAGAGACCGAGAUGACCUCCAGUGGGUAUAGUCUAGAGCAUGUGGACACUGGCAUCGGCGCACAGGAGAAAGAAACUUCCACUACUGUGUCUUCUGUGUUGGUGACAAAGAGGACCAAGAUUUCCACACAGACAGUUGGCACCGCCACCGAACCGUUGUCUGCUGAUGUGAGCAGAGGAACAGAAACAAUGGUAGUGGAGGAGCCAAUGCCCAUCAUCCAAAAGGAAAGCACUGUAACGGUGCACGCAGCUCCACCACUUGAGGCGACACCUACACCUGUUCUAAUCAGAUAUGGCACGGUACAGGCAGCAUUCCAGAAACUUUACGAGAGUACAUCUACUAAAGAAUUAGUCUUACCGAAAAUGGAAUACGCAGCAGCUGUUGUGGAUCUCAUACCCACGGUUCAACCAACCGCAGUUGUCAGGGCACCCACCCUUAAAUUUGGAACGGUACAAUCAGUGUACGAGUCGUCCGUGGCAAGGGCUACAACCAGCUACGAAGAGGCGGAACGUCCAGUGACUAGGACCCAGAUCCACACAAUACAAAGGGAAAGCCAACACGAAGCGACGACAGAGAUAGAAGACGCUUUUGACGUCCUCGGUUUAGUUUGCCAAUACAACUUCCCCGAUCUUCAAAACGACCUCACCGCUCACUUCAUACUUGUGCGAAUGUUCUCCCGGGACAGUUUCUACGUUCCUGAGGUUGAAGUUUUGCGUGGAGUUCAGGCUUGGUUGGAGGCGGACUAUCAUUCGCGGUUCGAGAAAUUUGCGGCUCUCAUUGCCUCUUCCUCUUUACCCUCGGUAUCCGUCUCAUCCGAUGAUCAACAGCAACAGCAACAACUCAAGUUGCAAACUACUACGGCAAAUACUUUUUUGCUUCCUGCACCUCCUUGUUCUCCUGUUGCCCGAAAGAUUCAGCUCACGGGACAUGCACUCCUACCCAGCACGCGUAGUAACUCCUCAGAAUCCCUCUUCAGUUCUGCAAGCACCCCUGACUCAGUUACCAGUGGUGGUGCAAAAUCGAAGACGAGCGAUGCGGGCCAGGCGACACUAGAGGAGGUGCGUGCCCACUUGGACCGCGAGACUGCAGACGCACGAUCUGAGUUGAUUGGGUGCAUCCGUUUCGAGCUGAUGUCCCUAACCGAGCUCUCCACUGAGGUCAGAGCUUCGCAUCUUCUCUCUCCCGAUGACCUCCUUGACAAAAUUGGUGCCAAAAUGAAGGCUACCUUCAGUCAGCUGCCCAUCAGAGGCCGUUUACUUGUGCGAAUGUUCUCCCGGGACAGUUUCUACGUUCCUGAGGUUGAAGUUUUGCGUGGAGUUCAGGCUUGGUUGGAGGCGGACUAUCAUUCGCGGUUCGAGAAAUUUGCGGCUCUCAUUGCCUCUUCCUCUUUACCCUCGGUAUCCGUCUCAUCCGAUGAUCAACAGCAACAGCAACAACUCAAGUUGCAAACUACUACGGCAAAUACUUUUUUGCUUCCUGCACCUCCUUGUUCUCCUGUUGCCCGAAAGAUUCAGCUCACGGGACAUGCACUCCUACCCAGCACGCGUAGUAACUCCUCAGAAUCCCUCUUCAGUUCUGCAAGCACCCCUGACUCAGUUACCAGUGGUGGUGCAAAAUCGAAGACGAGCGAUGCGGGCCAGGCGACACUAGAGGAGGUGCGUGCCCACUUGGACCGCGAGACUGCAGACGCACGAUCUGAGUUGAUUGGGUGCAUCCGUUUCGAGCUGAUGUCCCUAACCGAGCUCUCCACUGAGGUCAGAGCUUCGCAUCUUCUCUCUCCCGAUGACCUCCUUGACAAAAUUGGUGCCAAAAUGAAGGCUACCUUCAGUCAGCUGCCCAUCAGAGGCCGUUUACGUACGUUAAGUUACCCCCUUAACAAUGUUCCCAUUAUAUUCAUCCGCGCUUAG